UGGUCUCCGAUUGAUAUACUCAAAAUAUUUCUAUUUCUAUUCUCGUCAACUAUUUUUAUUUUAUGGGAAUUCCUCAAAAGUGGCUUUGUGGUUUCAGUGUAAAAACAGUGUGAAACAAUAAGAGGUAGUGAAUUGAAACCCAGUGUCCAGAACCCAGAAAGCCUUCUGUGCACACACCAUUGGACAAGGACAAUAUCCUUGAACUGCAUACACAUCUCGUUAUAUUUUGGUCCUGUGGAUUUUUCACGAUAGUUUUCUUGUCACAUAGUCAAUUAGUCAUUUUUCCAUGUGGUUAAGGUGGAGUAGGUUGCAUUCUGCAUGGAGUUUACAUAAUGAGAAAAACUCCUAAGAAUCGAAACACUGAAUUUCCACCUUCAGCUGCUGCUGCAGAGAGAUUAGCUGAUUAUAAGGGUGUGGCAAGUCUUACUUCUCCUGAAUUAGACGGUCAUCCUAUACUUUCGGCAAACGAAAUGCCAGAAGUGAACGAAGGCAAUCCUGCUCCGUCAUCUAGUUCCAGUUCUAAAGACAACAAGACUGGUUUUGCUAAGUCUUCACAAGCUCAAGCUCAUUGUCAACCAAGAGUGAUUGAGAAGAAGUUAUCUUCCGGCUCACUAAGUUCGGGGGGUUGCGAUGGAGCUCGCCCAAAGGUGGUCACAGUUAAGCACCCCGAAUCGAACAAACCAAAACCAACAGUUAAAAAGAACAAGCCAAUUCAAGCUGAUUUGGAUGUUGCCAAAGAAUUCACGCGUUGCAAAGAAGAAGGGAAAUCACGAUUGGACUUAUCCAAAUCAAGUGUGACCUUGCUACCUCCCUCAGUUCGUGACCUAACUCAUUUGACCGAAUUCUACCUCUACGGAAACAAAUUGGCGUGUCUUCCUCCUGAAAUAGGAUGUUUAGUAAAUCUUUCAACUUUGGCGCUCAGUGAAAAUUCUCUGACAGCCUUGCCAGAUAGCUUGGCCAACUUGCGUUGUCUCCGCGUACUUGAUCUACGACAUAACAAAUUGCAUGAGAUCCCCGACGUUGUUUACAAACUUCAUUCUUUGACCACCCUAUUUCUGCGCUUCAAUCGGAUCCGUGUAGUCGGUGACGAGAUCCGUCAACUCACUCAUUUAACGAUGUUAAGCUUGCGUGAAAACAAGAUCCGAGAACUGCCAGCUGGAAUUGGUCGGCUGACAAAUUUGAUUACAUUUGACGUGUCUCACAAUCACUUGGAGCAUUUACCCGAAGAGAUUGGCAAUUGCGUUCAGCUUUCGUCUCUGGAUCUGCAACACAAUGAGCUCCUCGACAUCCCGGAGAGUAUCGGCCAACUGCGUAAUCUCAACCGCCUGGGUUUACGAUACAAUCGAUUGACAAGUGUACCCAGAUCCCUGAGUAACUGUGUGCAUAUGGACGAGUUUAAUGUCGAAGGCAACGCCAUUUCCCAUCUUCCCGAUGGGCUUUUGUCUUCACUGAGUCAACUGACUUCUAUCACCUUCUCCCGCAACUCCUUUACCGCUUAUCCAUCGGGCGGACCUUCCCAAUUCAUCAACGUACACAGCAUCAACCUGGAGCACAAUCAAGUAGACAAAAUUCCGUAUGGAAUAUUCUCUCGAGCCAAACAUUUGGCCAAACUGAACAUGAAGGAAAACCUAUUGACGUCAUUACCAUUGGAUAUUGGGACGUGGGUCAACAUGGUGGAACUUAAUCUCGGUACUAACCAACUUAACAAAGUCCCUGACGAUAUCGCUCUUCUUCAAUCUCUUGAGGUGUUGAUCCUAUCGAACAAUAAUCUAAAGCGAGUGCCAAACAGCAUCGGCAAUCUGCGCAAACUAAGAGUGCUUGAUUUGGAAGAAAACAAACUCGAAACUUUGCCCAACGAGAUUGGAUUUUUACGUGAUUUAAAGAAAUUAAUCGUCCAGUCGAAUCAACUAACUUCUUUACCACGGGCAGUAGGCCACCUCUCUAAUUUGACCUACCUUAGUGUAGGGGAAAAUAAUCUGUCCUACAUACCGGAGGAAAUCGGUACGCUCGAGACCCUGGAAUCACUCUAUCUGAAUGAUAAUCUGAAUUUGCACAAUCUGCCGUUUGAAUUGGCAUUGUGUUCCAGUCUACAGAUUAUGAGUAUCGAAAACUGUCCGCUGUCGCAAAUUCCGGCUGAGAUAGUAGCGGGAGGCCCUUCCCUAGUUAUCCAGUUCCUUAAAAUGCAGGGCCCUUAUCGUUCUAUGUAAAGUGAAAGAGGCACAUCAGUUCAGCCUAAGCGCAUCCGAUUAGAUUCCGCAAAUUAAAUCUGUCCUUUUACUCUCGCUCUCUCGAUUUUCGAACCUUUCGCUCGUGUUUCCGAGAACCCCUUCCCUCCGACCGUCUUUUAAUGGGCGACUACAUAAGUAUGUGUGUGUUGUGUGCCAAUUUUGUCUCUUAUUUCCUUCGAGAUUGAUUCUAACCAUUUCAUGGCGUAGCUUGACAUGAUUUUUUUUUUUCCGUUUUUCUAACUCGAAAGAAGUAGGGAGACGUGGCACAGAGAUUGAUAUAGCGAAUAUCUGUUCACCAUAGGCCCUACAUUUAUACUAUUUUGACAGGCUAAGAAGCGUUGUAAAAAAGGAAAAAAACCGGAAAAA